AUGUAUUUACUCGUUGUGAUCCCUCAUUUUAGGAGCAACAUUUUAAUCGAGACAUUUUGCAAGCCGCCUGUCGGGCUCAAAAUGUGUGGUAUUCGCAUCUACAAUCGUUCUCACGCGUUCGUUGCACCGAACUCCGCCACCGUAAUCGUCGCUGCCAAAGCUGUCAUCCGCGGGUUUCGCGUCAACGGAUCGACGGCCUGUGAUCUCCCAACUAUAUGGAACAUUCUGAUACAGCAGGGAGCGUCAAUGCUGUCGUCGAAUUGUUUGACGAAGAAGAGAAGUCUUAUCUGCUCGUCUCUCGGAACGGAUUUGAAAUUGAGGUGUUCUGACUCGUGUUUGUAUUGCGGUGAAUCUGAUGGCGAGAUCCCCGACAGGUCUUCUUCCCAAUCUCCGUCACAGGUGUGGGGUGGCGUUGCAUCGACCUCUUCCGCUCCCACUCCAACUAACAUCGGCGGAACAUCCUGUGGACGUCUGGUUUUCUACUUUAUGGGUGUCGACAUCGGUACCAGCCCCUCUGCACUACAGCAAGGCGCUGCCGCGAAGAAAAGUAUGCCACCGCCAUCGCUUAUAUCUGCUGCAUUCCCAGAAUUACCCUCGUCUUGUAACUCUCACUCGAAAGGGUUAAAGGGAAUCGGUCCCUUCGAGACAUUCUCUGGGAAACUUCUCCGACCGAAGAAGGGGAAGCAGAAGCAGAAGCAGAAGCUUUAUCUUCCCGUGGGCCUCGCCUAA